AUGUUUGCUUGGCCACUCACAGCGAUUGGCUCAUGGGGAAGUCUCGCGAGGAGAAGCGGAAGAAGGCGUCAAAGAGCCAAGGGCAAAGCUUUGUUCCUCCUGGCCGAGGAAAAGGAGUCGAAGCCAGGCCUCACUGAGGAGGAGCUCGAUGAGAUUCGGGAGGAGCCCCGAUCAGUGACCGGCUUGAAGCUGAUUGGAGAGGAGGCGCCGUCGAAUCUUUCAUGGCACUAUGUUCUGAAGGAUGAGACAACACGGAGCUUCGUGGGUUUUCUACCGCGGACAUUGAGCCAAGACGUUUGCAGCUCCUUUUUUUGA